GGUGGGGAACCCUAAGAGAGGGUGGGCUUGAAGCAUCGGCUUUGUACCGCUGAGGAGCUCUGCCUUUAUACAAAAGAGGAGCCCAGAGGAGGACAGGUCCUUUUCUGCAGAUAUUAAAGCCAUGGCUCAGGGAGGAACUUUCUCCUGGAAAGGACUUGGGCCUGUCUACUUGGAGGCUUCUCACAGGCAAGACUUCACCAGCCCCUUCAGUUCUCCCUUCGUGGACUUGUGCUCUUCUCCCAAUGGUGUAGGCAAAGCUGUGUCCCAUUUCAGCUGUUGUUCUCAGCUUAGCCCUCUGUGGUUUCCACUCCAGGCCCUGUCGCGACUUCUUCAGGACAAAGAGCCAAGGACCCCGCCCCUAUUGCGAUCCAACUGGAUCUCCAGGUCACUCCACGCAGGUCACGCUACGAGGAGUCCUCACUGGUGCCUCGCCUCCUGGGGCGUGGCCGCGCCUGCGCACUCAGUACGUGCCGCCCGAACUCCCAACAACCUCCGCGCGCGGCCCGUUAGGCUCCUGGGCUGUGGACUUACCUGGGUUGCCGCGCCCUCCCUCCCACUGGGCAUCACUGAGAGACGGGUUCCGCGCCCCAGGUCUGGCCUCUGUGAACUCUGCUUCUCCAGGCAAGUAAACCGCAAGGACUGACCAGUUCUUAAAUUUCUAAACCAUGGCCCAUGGAUCAGUGAUGUUCAGUGAUGUAUCCAUUGACUUCUCUCAGGAGGAGUGGGAAUACCUGAACUUGGAACAGAGGGAUUUAUACAGAAAUGUAAUGUUGGAGAACUACAGCAACUUAGUCUCAUUGGGAUGCUUCAUUUCUAAACCAGAUGUGAUUUCCUUAUUGGAACAAGGAAAAGAGCCCUGGAAAGUAGUGAGGAAAGGAAGGAGACCUUAUUCGGGUUUGGAGACCAAGAAGUUAUCUUCAGAAAAUGACAUUUAUGAAAUAAACUUAUCUCAGUGGAAGAUAAUGGAAAGAAUUAAAAACCAUGGCCUUAAGAGCCUCAUUUUAAAAAAUGAUUGGGCAUCCAAGAGAAAAUUUGAAGGGCAAGAAGAAUAUUUCAGUCGAGUGAAAAUUACAUCUCAAAAAGUAUCCUCUUACCAAAAACGCUCUUCUCUUACUUCACAUCAGAGAAUUCAUUUUGUCGAGAAACCCUAUGAGUGCAAAGAAUGUGGAAAGGCCUUUCGAGUACGCCAACAACUUACUUUUCAUCACAGAAUUCAUACUGGUGAAAAACCCUAUGAAUGCAAGGAAUGUGGGAUGGCUUUUAGACAGACUGCACAUCUUACUCGACAUCAGAGACUUCAUUCUGGUGAAAAAAUGUAUGAAUGUAAGGAGUGUGGAGAAUCUUUCAUAUGUGGCCCAGACCUUAGAGUACAUCAGAAAAUUCAUAUUGGUGAGAAACCCUAUGAAUGUAAAGAAUGUGGGAAGGCCUUCAGAGUUCGUGGACAGCUUACUCUCCAUCAGAGAAUUCAUACUGGCGAGAAACCCUAUGUAUGUACAGAAUGUGGGAAGGCCUUUAGACAGUACGCACACCUUACUCGGCAUCAGAAGGUUAAUGUUGCUGACAAACUCUAUGAAUGUAAAGAAUGUGGGAAGGCCUUUCUGUGUGGCUCUGGUCUUAGAGUACAUCACAAGCUUCACACGGGUGAGAAGCCGUAUGAAUGUAAAGAAUGUGGGAAGGCCUUCAGAGUACGACAGCAACUGACACUCCACCAGAGAAUUCAUACUGGUGAGAAACCCUAUGAAUGUAAGGAAUGUGGAAAGACGUUUAGUCGUGGUUAUCAUCUUAUUCUUCAUCACAGAAUUCAUACUGGUGAGAAACCUUAUGAAUGUAAGGAAUGCUGGAAGGCCUUUAGUCGCUACUCACAGCUUAUUUCACAUCAGAGCAUUCAUAUUGGUGUUAAACCCUAUGACUGUAAGGAAUGUGGGAAGGCCUUCAGACUACUCUCACAACUUACACAACAUCAGAGUAUUCAUAUUGGUGAGAAACCCUAUAAAUGUAAGGAAUGUGGGAAGGCCUUUAGAUUGCGCCAAAAACUUACUCUACAUCAGAGCAUUCAUACUGGUGAAAAACCCUUUGAAUGUAAAGAAUGUAGGAAGGCCUUUAGACUUAACUCAUCUCUUAUCCAACAUCUGAGAAUUCAUUCUGGUGAGAAACCCUAUGAAUGUAAGGAAUGUAAGAAGGCCUUUAGGCAACAUUCACACCUUACCCAUCAUCUGAAAAUUCAUAAUGUAAAAAUAUAAGAAAGCCUUUUCAAUCCUGUGUUGUAGUUCAGUCUAUGAGUGUAGUAAUUGGUCGUUUUUGCUUCCUCCAUGCAGCUGACUUGGCAUAAGGGGAUUUAUGUCAUUAAAGAAUGUGUUAAUGUA